AGAGCUGGCACUGGCUGCAGCUAGGAGGAGCUCCAGAGCACAGCUCCCCUCCGGCCCUUCCAGUUAAGCAAGCUGAGUAAAGCUCUCUGUUCCUCCGUCCGGCUGAUGAUAGCCAAAGGUAUGUCACAGUGCUUUCAAACCAGUACAUCACACAUAGACAAGAAGUGUCGGCUGUGUUUUUCCCUGGACAGCGGUGGAGCCUGGACAGCGUUUUUCAUAACACAUAAGCAAAUCUGGACUGCAGCCUCACCAGCGCGCCAGUCAGCUGAUUAAGACCUUGGAAGACCAUGAACAGUCUUUACUGCUGGUUUAUAAUCCUCCUCUUUUGUCUUCAAAGCCGUAUGUUAUCCAAUGUAUCCAAUGAAGAGAUCAUACAUGUAUCUGCCACAGUGGGAGGGAAUGUGACGCUGCCAGUCAGAGGAUUACAAGGAUUUACAGACAUAGACUGGAUGAGAGUUGGCGGGAAUAACUUUGCUACAACAACACCGGAUGGGAAUGUAGAUAUUCGGGAAGAUGAUUAUAUAGGAAGACUGUACGGUUCUAAUGAUGGUUCUCUAACCAUAACUAAUUUAACAGCGGGACUCUACACCGCGAAUAUACAGCUAUCUGAUGGGAAAUACAUUUAUAGAACGUAUAAUGUCAGCAUUUCAGGCAAGCUACCGGAUAAUGAGAUUGUGACUCAUGACGAAACCUCUGCUACAGAUCCCUGCAGCGUGUCCUGUAGAAUAGAUGGGGCCAAUAUGACUCUCACCUGCGGCAUAAAUAGCACACAUGAUAUAGAUGGGCUGUAUGACCCCAAUAUCUGCACCUGUAUUACACCAAAUGCAAACUGCAGCCGCUGUAUCCUGGAGAAAUCCUGCAGUACAGGUGGGAAUACAGACUCUACAUCUUCUCUGGCUCUGAUUUGUUCACCUGUGGCAGUGGUGGUGGUGGUGCUGUUAGUAAUAUCAGUGCUGUACUGCAUACGGUAUAGGGUAAAACGUUAUGAAAAACAUGACCCGUGCCUGGGAACUCUAAGCACCCUCCUGAGCCAGAGAAGCGUUGACCAGGAAAAGCCACUGGAAGCUGAUCCACUGCAGAAUGAAAGCUCACAUACAGUCAAGAAGCUUCCCUCCAAGAUGACUACAGCUUCCUGGUUGCACCGACUAGCAAAAACUCAUCGUACAUCCAUCACAACAUGAAGAGGCACUCAGGAGUGUAUGUCUGACUAUCUGAUGGAGAGACAUUACAGGCACCAUCUAAGUCUGACAAUUCUCUGGACGAUUGUCCUGGCUCUAUAACUGUGCUGUUUUCAAGAUUGGCUCGCUGUGGUCAGCAGAAAACAUACAGUCAGUGUUUCAUCUCUUAACAAGUCAUUAUCAGGAUGUGUUAUGGAGAGUCAACACCGGAAGCAGCAGAAUGUCCACAAACCAUAACGCAGCUUGUGUCCCAAUAUACGGUAACUUUCACCACUGGAUUAUAUCCUGGAUUCUGACUGUCCUCCAGUGCUCACAUUUUCUCUGGGGCCUAAUCUUUAUUCCGUAGAAAGAAAGAAAAGAAAAUGAUGUCAUCGCCUGCAGUUCCAUACAUUUAUUAAACGUUUUCAGGCACUAAGGAAUAUGGCUGUAGCAGCUGCAUUUGCAGUCAGACCUUCAUGGAGUUCCUGCAAUUGCUACACUGUCGCAUGCACCAGUCUAAUGUCCAGGGGGAAGGGGUUGUCUAUAUUCUGGGGCAGGGUGUGUUAAUGUCCCUGGGAGUGUGGGGGGGGGGGGGUGGAUCACCUGCGCAGAGAAUGGAAGCAUCAAGAGAGGGAUUGCUGAGUAUUGGGGUGAUAAGGACAUGUUUGAAAUGGGAGGGGAAGGUGUCUUAGGAAUGAAAGCCGGAAGUGGUGUGCAAGGUGCAAGCAGGCAUUGCGGGGGAUGGAGUGGAGGAAUAGCAAGGGAAGAUUAUCAGGGUGACAGACAGAGGAACCACCAACACUCCCAUAACAAGCCCUCUGAACGGAACGCUGAUCAUUGGAUCAUCAAUAUGGUCUUGGAAAUUUCAAUUUCAUAUUCCCUGAGUACUGCUUCUUGUAAUAAUCACAUCUGCUCGCACAGUGUUCCAAACCUUUAUCCAGACUAAGUGGUUUUAAGAAUGUACCUGAUUUUUUUCAAGUUGUUUCUGUGUUCCAUAUGGAUGAAGAGGUCAUAGUAGCAUCUCUCUGUCCUGUGCCUGAGGAAGGGGCCUGUUCAGUGAAACGCGUAGUGCUACUGAAGUGAAAUGUAACCUUUUUAUGACCUUGCUAUAUUUUGUGCUUUAUUUUUAUACAUUUCAAUAUUUCUGGUCUUUUUUCUUUCAGUUCUUAGUAACACGUUUUAUAUGCAUCUAUUGAUAUUUUUACACUCAUAGCUGAUACUGUUGUUAUAUGUGUUUAUUAUAUGAACAAUGAAACGUUAUUUAUUGUGUAAUGACAAGUGUUUCACUAAACUGGGACACUGUUGUACAUUGAAAUCUGAAUAAGACAUGUUAAUUAAAGAA